GCUUCCUCGGCGCGCGGCUGAGCAGCGCUCGUGCUGUAUCAUACACGAAGAGCGAGCGACACGCGCAACCGGGGGAUUUUCAGCGCCGUGCGAUACUUAGCUGUACCCGGCUUUUUGGGAUUUGCUGUGGGACGCAUAUAUGCAGGAUUAUUUAUUUGUUAUUUAAUCAAGAAGAUGUGAGAGCCAUAUAUUUGUGCAGAACGAAGAGGGAAAGGAAAACCGUCAUUCAUAAAGGUGUUACCUUCUCAGACCGAAGACGACAGGCGAAAAUAUGAAGAUAUGAAGUUAAAGGGGUUUUGAAAUCAAGAGUGAGUGCCAAGACGUCCCGUGUGAAGCCCGUCUGUCUCCAGUCUGUGGGGCCUCGGCUAGCCGGUCAGGCCAAAGGUCACCUCCGAGCAUGAUGCCCACCUGGCAUCUGCAGCCCUGCCUACGGUCCCUGCUGCCUCUGCUGGUCCUGCUCCUGCCUCUGCUGUUGAACGGCAGCCAUGCCUUAUCUCCGCCCAGAUUCACGAAGGCCCCCGUCGACCAGAUCGGCGUGUCCGGCGGCGUGGUCUCCUUCGUGUGUCAGGCGACGGGCGACCCCAAGCCGCGCGUGAGCUGGAACAAGAAAGGAAAGAAGGUCAACUCACAGCGCAUCGAGACAAUCGAGUUUGAUGAGGGCGCAGGAGCCGUCCUUCGCAUCCAGCCCUUGCGGGCUCCGCGUGACGAGAACAUCUACGAGUGCGUGGCGGAGAACAGCGAAGGCGACGUGACCGUCAACGCCAGGCUGUCAAUCAUCAGAGAGGACCUGCUUCCAUCUGGCUUCCCCAACAUCGACAUGGGCCCCCAGCUGAAGGUGGUGGAGCGCACGCGUACAGCCACCAUGCUCUGUGCCGCCAGCGGCAACCCCGACCCAGAAAUCACCUGGUUCAAGGACUUCCUGCCUAUUGACCCCAGUGCAAGUAACGGGCGAAUCAAACAGCUGCGCUCAGGUGCCCUCCAGAUAGAGAACAGCGAGGAAACAGACCAGGGGAAGUACGAGUGUGUGGCGUCUAAUCUGGAGGGCGUCCGCUACUCUUCCCCAGCUAACCUAUACGUGCGAGUUCGACGCGUCCCUCCCCGCUUCUCCAUCCUGCCCACCAGCCACGAGAUCAUGCCGGGCGGCAGCGUCAACAUCACCUGCGUGGCGGUGGGCUCACCCAUGCCCUACGUCAAGUGGAUGCUCAAUUCCGAAGACCUCACCCCGGAGGAUGAGAUGCCGGUGGGCCGCAAUGUACUGGAGCUCAACAGCGUGCGCGAGUCGGCCAACUACACCUGCGUGGCCAUGAGCAGUCUGGGCAUCAUCGAGGCUGUGGCCCAGAUCAUAGUCAAGUCCCUACCGAAACCACCGGGGACACCCGUCGUGACAGAAACCACAGCCACCAGUGUAACCAUCACCUGGGACUCGGGCAACCCAGACCCCGUCUCCUACUAUAUCAUCCAGUACCGUGCCAAGUCCCCGGACAGCAAGUUCGAGAUCAUGGAUGGGAUCACCACCACCCGCUAUAGCAUCGGUGGGCUCUACCCCAACACUGAGUACGAGAUCCGGGUAUCUGCCUAUAACACCAUUGGCCAGGGGCCACCCAGCGAACCCGUCGAGGCUCGGACAGGGGAGCAAGCACCCGCUAGCCCACCCCGCAACAUCCAGGCAAGGAUCAUCUCCCAGAACACCAUGAUGGUGGAAUGGGAGGAGCCUGAGGAGCCCAACGGGCACAUCAAGGGGUACCGUGUCUACUACACCAUGGACCCCAGUCAACCCAUGAACCAGUGGCAGAUCCACAACGUGCAGGUCAGCAGGAUGACCACCAUUCAGAGCCUCACUCCAUCUGAAACCUACACCAUCCGCGUGCUAGCCUUUACCUCGGUGGGCGAUGGGCCCUUCUCAGACCCCAUCCAUGUCAAAGUUCUGGAGGGAGUGCCGGGGCAGCCAGCCAAGUUCCAGGUGGGCACCGUGUCUGACACCAGCAUUGAGCUCACCUGGGAGCUUGCCUACGAGAAGGAGGGCAUCAUAAGCUACGAGCUGCGGUACCGAGAGGGCAGCGCGGGCACUCAGGUGACGAAAAAGCUGGCACCUGCCUCAUCCUACAUCGUCGAUGGGCUGCGAGCUAACACUGACUAUUCCUUCUCGCUGGCUGCCAUCUCCAAAAAGGGCAUUGGGGCCUUCACCAACGAAGUAAUGCAGAAGACCACUCAAGCCAAGCCCUCCACCCCCCCCCAAGACGUUAAGUGCGGCAGCCCCAGCUCCACCACCCUGCUGGUAAGUUGGCGCCCCCCACCUGCAGAGAGCCAGAAUGGGGCCCUGGCGGGGUAUUCGGUGCGCUACCAAGCGGCGGGAGCCGAGGCCGGUGCCGAGCCCCUGGACGAGCCCACCGUGGCCCCAUCCUCCGAGCAGGUCCUCCUCCAGGGCUUGGAGAAGUGGACUGAGUACCAAGUGACAGUGGCGGCCUUCACCUCCAUGGGGUCAGGCCCGGAGAGCCAGCCACUGCUGUGCCGCACUGACGAGGACGUGCCGGGGGCCCCACCUCGCCGCGUGGAGGUGGAGGCCCUCAACUCCACAGCGCUCAGGGUGUCGUGGCGCUCUCUGCCCUCCGGGCGGCAGCACGGCCAGAUCCGCGGAUAUCAGGUGCACUACGUGCGUGUGGAGAACCGGGAAUCUCGCGGACCGCCGCUCAUCAGGGACGUCAUGCUCGCGGACGCCCAGUGGGAAACAGACGAUACAGCUGAAUAUGAGAUGGUCAUAGGGGGGCUGCAGCCUGAGACCACCUACUCCAUAACUGUGGCAGCCUACACCACUAAAGGAGAUGGAAUACGGAGCAAGCCCAAGCUGGUGGUGACGAAGGGCGCAGUCCCCGGCCCGCCCCGCCUGUCCGCCCGGCACAAUGCAGGGACCACGGUGCUGGUGAACUGGCAGCCCCUGGACGCCACAUUUCCGGGGCUUGAGCUCCUGGGAUACCGACUGCAGUUUGGCCGCAAGGACGUCACCCCUCCGACUGUCUUGGAGUUUGCGCCCUGGGUGCAGGAAUACGUGCUGAACGAAGUGAACCGCGGAGCCACCUACGAAUUCCGGCUGUCGGCCAAGAGCCGCUCUGGCUUCGGAGAGGAGGCUCUGCAGGAAAUCGCUAUCCCGGAGGCAGCGCCCCAUGGCCCCCCGCACAUCAUACAGGGCUCCAACGUUACCUGCUGCUCUCUGCGGGUUUCCUGGCUGCCCCCGGACCUAGCAGAACGCAAUGGCGCCAUCACGGAAUACACGGUGGCCUACAGGGAGGCAGGUAGUGCCUGGAACCCUCGGGAACUGACUCUGCCAGCCACCGAGACCAGCCAGACUAUCGGCGGCCUGAGUCCCGGCUCCGCCUACGACGUCAAAAUACGUGCACACACCAGAGUAGGUGCGGGGCCCUACAGCCUGCCGGCGCGGUACCGGACCGCAGCCUUUCAGACAGAUGUUCCAAAGAACUUCACGGUGAAAUUCGUUACCAAGACAACAGUAUUGUUGAUGUGGAAGUUUCCGGAAAGCCGGCACCCGUUUCGAUGCAGUGUGGAGUACAACCGGCAAAAGAUGGAAGUAGAUGCGAGGGCAACGAAAGUGCUGAUCACAAACCUGAGGCCCAACACCACCUACGACUUCAGGAUCACCUGCCAAGAGGAUAAUGUCGGGGGCCUGCGCCACCGCGUUGUGGCCAGAACCGCCCCGCCCAUCCUGCUCAAGAAGCCAGAGAUAGAUCUCGGCCGCGAGCCAGACAACACGAUCUCCAUUGUGUUUCCAUCUCUGGAGGCCAAGGACAUGAUAAGGAACAUUUACGUGGUGGUGGUUCCACUGAAGAAGGGCCGCGGGCCAAUCAGGAAUAUAAAGAACCCCGACGAGAUGGACCUGGAUGAGCUGCUGAAGGACGUCGGUCAGAAGACGCCACACAGUCGCAGCAGCCGGCACCGGAGGCAGCUGGACACACGCAAGCCCUACAUCGCGGCCUGCUUUAAGCCCACCGCCAUGCCCAGCUCCUUAACCCUGGGUAACCAGGUGGAUUACAAUGGCUACCAGAACAGGGCCCUCGAACCCGGGCAGGAGUACAUCGUCUUCCUUCUGGCGGAGCUGAACACCACUACCGGGAGGAUGUUCGUGGCCAGCCCUUACACGGACAGCAUCAUUGCCCCUGACGUGGACCCGCGGCCCAUAGACACGGGAGGGGACGGGCUGAUUUGGGUGGUGGGGCCCGUCCUGGCCGUGGUCUUCAUCAUUUGUAUUGUCAUUGCCAUUCUGCUUUACAAGAACAGUAAACCUGACAGCAGCAAGAGGAAAGACGCAGAGCCGCGAACCAAAUGCCUACUGAACAACGCCGAGAUCGCCCCGCACCACCCCACCGACCCCGUGGAGAUGAGGCGCAUCAACUUCCAGACCCCAGAUUCUGGUCUGAGCAGCCCUCUAAGCGAAGUCGAUUUUGACUAUGAAAGCAUGAUGAACCACCCACCGAUCGCCAUCACCGAGCUGGCGGAGCACACAGAGCUGCUGAAGGCCAACGACAACCUGAAGCUCUCUCAGGAGUACGAGUCCAUCGAUCCUGGCCAGCAGUUCACCUGGGAGCACUCCAACCUGGAAGUGAACAAACCGAAGAACCGCUACGCCAACGUCAUCGCCUACGACCACUCCCGCGUCAUCCUCUCGCCUAUCGAAGGCAUAACAGGGAGCGAUUACAUCAAUGCCAACUACAUCGACGGUUACCGCAAGCAGAACGCCUACAUCGCCACGCAGGGCCCACUUCCUGAGACCUUCGGCGACUUCUGGAGGAUGGUGUGGGAACAGCGGGCCGCCACCGUGGUCAUGAUGACGCGGCUGGAGGAGAAGUCGCGGGUCAAAUGUGACCAGUACUGGCCCAGCCGUGGAACAGAGACCUACGGCAUGACUCAGGUGACCCUGCUGGACACCAUCGAGCUGGCUACCUUCUGCGUCCGCACCUUCUCCCUGCACAAGAAUGGCUCCAGUGAGAAGCGAGAGGUGCGGCAGUUCCAGUUCACAGCGUGGCCCGACCAUGGGGUGCCGGAAUACCCUACUCCAUUCCUGGCCUUCCUGCGGAGGGUGAAGACCUGCAAUCCUCCUGAUGCUGGACCCAUCAUCGCCCACUGCAGCGCCGGCGUGGGCCGCACAGGCUGCUUCAUCGUCAUCGACGCCAUGCUGGAGCGCAUAAAGCACGAGAAGACCGUGGACAUCUACGGGCACGUGACGCUGAUGCGCUCGCAGCGCAACUACAUGGUGCAGACGGAGGAUCAGUACAGCUUCAUCCACGACGCGCUGCUGGAAGCGGUGGCCUGCGGGAGCACCGAGGUGCCCGCCCGCAGCCUCUACUCCUACAUCCAGAAGCUGUCGCAGGUGGAGAGUGGAGAGCACGUCACCGGCAUGGAGCUAGAAUUCAAGCGCCUGGCCAACUCUAAAGCCCACACGUCUAGAUUCAUAAGUGCCAACCUCCCAUGCAACAAGUUCAAGAACCGCCUCGUCAACAUCAUGCCGUACGAGACGACGCGCGUGUGUCUGCAGCCCAUCCGGGGGCUCGAGGGCUCUGACUACAUCAACGCCAGCUUCAUCGACGGCUACAGGCAGCAGAAGGCCUACAUCGCCACACAAGGUCCCCUGGCCGAGACCACGGAGGAUUUCUGGCGGAUGCUUUGGGAGAAUAAUUCCACGAUCGUGGUGAUGCUGACGAAGCUGAGGGAGAUUGGAAGGGAAAAGUGUCACCAGUACUGGCCAGCUGAGCGAUCAGCCAGAUACCAGUACUUCGUAGUGGAUCCCAUGGCAGAGUACAACAUGCCUCAGUACAUCCUGCGGGAAUUUAAGGUCACCGACGCCAGGGAUGGCCAGUCCAGGACAGUACGGCAGUUCCAGUUCACAGAUUGGCCUGAGCAAGGCGUGCCGAAGUCUGGGGAGGGGUUCAUCGACUUCAUCGGGCAGGUGCAUAAAACCAAGGAGCAGUUUGGGCAGGACGGGCCCAUAUCUGUGCACUGCAGCGCUGGUGUUGGACGCACUGGGGUCUUCAUCACCCUCAGCAUCGUCCUGGAGAGGAUGCGUUAUGAGGGUGUGGUCGACAUCUUCCAGACCGUCAAGAUGUUGCGAACGCAGCGACCAGCAAUGGUUCAGACAGAGGAUGAAUACCAGUUCUGCUACCAAGCAGGUCUUGAAUAUCUAGGAAGCUUUGAUCACUAUGCAACAUAAAAAGCCAUUUACUCCCCCCCCCCCCCCCCGAUCCCCCGGCCCAUUUUCCACCCCCUGUAAAGUCUUCUGAGCCACAGAAACAUGCUUGAAAUUUUUAAGACGACUCGAACACCAACAUGAAUAUAAAAACGACUAAAAGGUAAAUCAAUCAAAAUAAAAACACAAGAAGCAAAAGGAUAGCAACUGGAUUGGGGGAACACAUUCAAUAAGAAUCCACAAAAAACAUUCAUGACCCUGAAUCACAACUCACCCGGAGUAGGAGCUCAAGCUGAGGGGGUGGAAUCUAAAAAAGUAUCAGACUGCUAACCUUACCUCAAGUGUCCAGACGUGGAGAUCAUUAAUAUCAAUUAUCAGUGUGUGUCCAUUCCAACAUUUAGCGAAAACGCUACAACGUAACCACAAGCUGGAGGAGAAGAAUCAUACAUUUACAUCUGUAGUUUACAUGAAACGUAUACGCCAGCCGUGGGUGAGCAAGACGAGAAGAUGGGGGUCCAGCGUAGCAUUAGCACUUCCUAUGAAGACCAGCUUCGAAGAUCACGAGCCAAGGUGGACGUCCUCUUAAAAGAUAAGCCGGUGGACACGUGAGAACAGGAGGUCCCGUCCGAGAAGCCCAAUGAACAAAUGCCAAUGAAGCAAAGUCAUAAGUGAUGACUCUCUGAAGUUAAGCUCUGCUUCCCAGAAGGUUCAGACUUUCUGUAACUCUACGUACAAAACGUGGACCUCUGCGUCGUUUUUUGGCAGCACUCAUGCUCCUGCAGAGCUCAGAACAGCAACCAAAGUUUUGGACUGCCAGCAGACAUAGAACCUCUUAAUCAAUAACCCUGGUGUUGAGACAGUUCCAUUAUUUCUUAUAUCUUCAAAGCUAAUCAUGGAAAAUGUGAGUUCUGUGUGUGGCUGGGAACAUGAGGAGUGGACAAGCCAAGCAGACUGUCUGUAAACAGCUGAUCUCUCUCACUGGCACCCCGUCCUUGCAGAUUUGGCUGUGAGGCCUCAGCUCUGCACUUCAGAGGCCUAAAGGAAUUCACAGAUUCUUUUUUUUUUUUUAAAAAAAAGAUAAACUAUUGAAUCAUUUUUACAUGUGUUUGGAUCAUGUAUGGAGUUUGGAUGUCUGGAAGGGAACCUGUUGGUCCAACAAUUGAAGGUUGCAGACAGGAUGAUCAUAGAAGGGAUGAACACGUGUAAUCUAAUAAAAAAAUAAUAAUAAUUAAUGUCUGUAUUGGCAGACAUUCAUUUCAGAUUUUUUUUCUGCCAUUGUCGUUACUAAUUAAUCAUACACAAUUGUCAAUACCAACCUUGCUGCUUAUUCCCUGCUGUACUGCAGCACUGAGCUGAUGCACGGCUGUAGGUGAGCAGUAAAAUGCGUGGCACAAAAUGGCGGAUAACCUCCUAGAUGCUUCCGCCCAGCAGGUACGACCCCGUCUGGCGUGUGCACACCCUGUGCAUCGCUGCCCAGGUAUCUGAGAAGAGGCUCGCGUUCUCUGACCGGAGUCUGCCGUCAGUCAGGAUCGCACCUUAGUCUCCCGUCAGACCCUUUAGGCAACCCUGAGAGAGCUGGAGGGAAAGCGCAGCCUGUUUCUCUGACGGCCGUGUUGUCGGAGACUGCAGACGAAGUCUCUUUUGCGCUUUGCUGUACACGACAACACCACUGGGCCUGCAAAUAGACCAGUCGGGGGGGGCGGGAAUAAGCGAGCUCCCUCUAGCACGCAGCAUACGAAGUGGAACGGGCUUUUUCUUAAACUGUGGGACACGAAACGCAAGCCGUAAUAACCUCCCGCUGACAGCAGUGCCCCCCUCACUCCGCUUUUCUUUACUCCUGUGGACAGACCUGCUGUGUCUGAUUGGGAUACCUUGGUGGAAAGGAAUCCCAGACGCCAAUCCGUUCGCUGUAGUCGGAAUAUUCCAGGGCCCGUCCGCCAUCUAGUUGUCUGAAAACCACCUUCCGCCAGCUUUAACCAGGAAGCCCUGCUUUUUUUUGAGUGCAUAGACAGGGCCGUUCUGGGGUUUGCUUUUAGUCUGAAAGUGAAUUCAUUGAGGAUCUUUGCUAGAUGUGCUCAUUAACAGAGUUCUGAAAGGUGCUGUGAGUAGUCUUUUCUUAUUUCCAAAAAAAAUAAAGCCUUAUUGUUAUUGUAACAUUAUGAACCAUUAAUGUUGUAUUAUUAUACUUUAAUUUGCAUUGUUACAUUUUUUUAACAGAGAUAUCGUUCGUGUUUUUAAAAUUAGAUGAAAAAAAUAACAAAAUGCUUAAUUGUCCAUAUUGUGUUCAAAGACAUUCUAUUUUUUCACUGUAGGGAUGUUAGUUAUAACGUGUGACUGUGUGUGUGAUUACGUAUGACGUGUAUAUAUAUGACAUAUAUAAUUAUGCACGCACACACACAUGCACACAUUUAAACUUAUUAUAAAUAUAUAGAUAUAUGAUACUCGGAUUGUAUAUCUUAAUUUUUUUGGUGCCACUCAAAUUUUGAAUCUCUCAUGUAUGAAAAUCAUAUUUGAUUUUGGGUUAUAUAUUCUCCAUUUCUCUGGAAACAAAUAGCAGUGAUAUCCAACGAAACACCAUCACUGCAAAAGUUUGGGUUCCUACCAUAAGGUGCCCAGGAGUGGGUGCAUGUCCCCUGAUUAUUCGGAACAAGCAUAAUAGUAUUAGCAGAAGUAUUACUUUACAAGUAGAUGAACAUGUCUACAAAAUACUGGAGUGGGGGCCUAACAGGACUGUAACUAACUACCGCUGUACAGGGUGGGCUUUUUUAACCAUCUCUCUCUGGAUUUUUUUAUUUCUGUUUUUAUUAUCUGAGUAAUCUUAGAUUAAUCAUGUGUUUAUCGAACAUGAGUAAUGAAUCAGAAUAUAAUGCCUGUAAAUAUAUUUGUAUUUUAUAAUUGUACCCUUCUUUUAAACAAAGUUUAAAUACAAAAAUACAUCUUUUCUGUUACCUGUUAACGUCUGUAUUCUUGAAGCCCCCCGCCCCCCCCCCUUAUCACUGCUCAUCUGUAGUGUUGUAAGGUGAUCAUGCAGGGUCUGUGUUCUCCUGUUGGAUCAUGGGUAUUUUGCUGGGGGGGCCAGCAGGUCACCCGAAACAUGCGGCUGACUGCAGACCAGUGUGCCUGUUAAUUCCACUCCCCGCAACAUUUAAUCCCCUUCAUUUAAUCACCCAACUAGUAUCCCUUCUGCACACUUGCAUAACAAUCAUCUAACGUUGGUCAGUAUCAGUGUGUCUUUUACGCUAUCAGUUAUCAAAGGAUUUUCUUUUUAAUAGUGGUCCCAAAAUUCAGAAGGACCAGAAGCGCAGUGCCUGACAAGCCAAGUAUAGCAGGCCGUAAGCUGCCCAGGGUAAAGGCAGUACAUGGUGUGAUUCCCCCCCCCCCCUCCUGUUCUUCAUUAGGACUGGCUUGAGCGACAGAUUCAUGCUAUUUCCUCGAUUCCCUCCUGCCCUGAUGAGCUGUUGUGUUGUGCGAAUUUCGUUUCCGUUUAUGAUUAUACAGAAACAUCGCUUCCCCCCCCCCCAUACGAACGGCCGAAUGAAAUUGAAAUGUACAAAGGAGCCGAGCAAAGAAAAGCCGUUUUGAGGAGAUGAAAGACUCAGGGGCCACACAGUAGGGACGCGGACACCUGCUGGCCUUCGACGCACAUCCCGUGAGCAGAAUCGGGAGGUGAAUAUGCUGCCCGCCCGAGCAGCUGUGACCGCGAAGGCUGCCGCUAAGCCGCAACUUUACCGGAAAGCUACCAGCCUUAGGACUGAACUACAGCAGCCAAACGGAACAUUUUGCCUAAUCGGGGAAAAAAGAGAACGAAUUAAAACAUAAUAAAAAGAUACAUAAAAUAGCAAGAUGUGGUGAAAAAUGAACUCAUACACAAACACGUUCUUUGUACGAGGGCCAAGUGCUAUCGCUUUCAAAUUGUUACUUCUAACUGAAAUAAUAAUUGGUUUAAAACCACUGUGUAUGUAGAUAUGUUAACUUUGUAUUAAAGAAAAGGUUGUCUGAAAA